AAGAGGGGGAGAGAGCUGCAGAUAGCAGACACAGUGACAGAUGAGAGCGUGGCACAACUUGUCUUUCUUGACUGCACCGUGGGUUGAGGGGAAACCAGAGAGCAAGUGCAUCAGAGUUUGAGGCAAAGCUGUUGCCCAAACGCACGCACGCAGACACACAAACACACUCGCACACUCUCAAACAGGCAGACCCCACAGCCCGGCUGACAACAAGUUCAGAGCUAAGACUUACCUUUUGGGGAGGUGCAGAAGUUUUGUCUUGAGGAGCACCUCCAUUGUUAUGGCUCUGCAAGAAACGAGCCGUCUUGUCCUGUAGAGGAGCUGUGUGUUUCCACUACAGAAGAACUUGAAGCCCCGUGGAGGAUGGAGAAGCUGUCAGGAAAGGACAAGGAGCUGAUACGGAGCAGCUGGGAGAGCCUGGGCAAGAACAAAGUUCCUCAUGGCGUCAUCAUGUUUUCCAGGCUUUUUGAGCUGGACCCAGCUCUUCUCAGUCUUUUCCACUACAACACAAACUGUGGCAACACACAAGACUGCCUCUCAAGCCCAGAGUUUCUGGAACACGUCACCAAGGUGAUGCUUGUGAUCGAUGCCGCCGUCAGCCACCUGGACGAUCUUCACUCCUUGGAGGAUUUUCUUCUCAACCUGGGGAGAAAGCAUCAGGCCGUGGGGGUCAACCCACAGUCAUUUGCUGUGGUGGGAGAGUCGCUCCUCUACAUGCUCCAGUGCAAUUUGGGCCAGGCCUACACGGCGCCCAUGCGUCAAGCCUGGCUCAACAUGUACGGCAUCGUGGUGGCGGCCAUGAGCCAAGGAUGGGCUGAGAACGGCGAGGACAAGGCUGACUGAGGCGCCGCCGCGUUACUGUUGCUGUUCUCUCACUCAUUGUGGUUGCCAUGGAAUAAGGUUGUGUAACUUGCAGCAUUGUGGC